AUGGAUCUGGCCUACGACCACAUCGUCGAGGAGUCGCUCCCAAAGGAGGACGACGGCAAGCGCAACAAGACCGGCAACAGCGCCGAGCAGACGCAGAACAGCCUCAACGCCGAGUUUCAGGAUGCCUACAAGGCCUUUUCUGCGAGUCCGUGGGGCGCGCGGAUCGGCGGGUUCUUCGGGAAUGUGGUGAAACAGAGCGAGACCGUCUACCAGGGCGCACAGAAGGAACUCACCGCCGUCGGGAGCGAGGCCCAGCGCGGGUUCACCGGGCUGACCAACGCCGUCAUCAAUCGGACCAGAGGCCUGUCGCUGGCCGGCGGGGCAGAAGCUGGGGCCGCGGCUGGACAGCAGGAAAAGGGCGAAGAAACAUCCGGCGAGAAGCCCAAGGAGCUCACCACGGACGAGGCUAUCAAGGAGUCGGAGAACGUGCUCUCGCGGCUGCGGUCCGAGGCCGCCAAGCGGCUCAAGGACAUCCAGAGGGCCGAGGACGCGGCGGACGAGGCGCUGCUGCGGUUCGGCACCAACAUCAGCGCGUUCCUGCGGGACGCGGUGAGCAUCGCGCCGCCGUCGGGCGACGCCAACAACAACGGCCAGGGCGGCGACAACAACACCGUGCUGUUCGAGAGCAAGGACGCCGCGGGCAAGAGGGUCAUCCACACGAGCCGGUUCGACGCGCAGCUGCACGUCAUCCACACGUCGACCGAGAGCUUCACCAAGGACCCUGCGACGGGCGACUGGGACAGCUGGGGUAAGGAGUUUGACAUCAAGGCCCGGACCGAGGACAUUAGCCGGGACCUGGAGAAGUACCCGGAGCUGCGGUCGACGAUGGAGAAGCUGGUGCCCGAGACGAUACCGUAUGAGAACUUCUGGAAGAGGUACUACUUCCUGAGGCACGGCAUCGACAUUGCGGAGGCGAGGAGGAAGGAGCUCUUGAAGGCUGCAUCUGCCGAGGAAGAGGUCGGCUGGGAUGAGGACUCGGACGACGAGGCCGCCGGCCCAAGCAAGGCCGAGCCCAAGAGGCCCGGCUCUACAGGGUCAUCUACCACCAUCCAGCCCCCCACCAAGACGUCCGCGCAGCCGUCCACCCUCCUGAAGCCGAACGAAUCCCGCCGGUCCAACGACGAGAGGUCGCAGCCCGACAGCGAGACUAGCUACGACAUGGUCGGGGCCGCGUCCGGCGUCCCGAGCAACGCGCCCAACAGCCCCAAGGAAGGCCGCAAGGCGGACGAUGAUAGCGACGAGGACUGGGAGUAA